UCAGCGAGAUUCGUCGAGGCUGGAUAUUUGGACUGACGCCUCUUCCGAAUCUCAGACCAGUGUCACAUAAAGUGAUUCGGGAAAUCUUGCCUGAACUUCGGCCGCUUGUUGCGAUUAAAAUGGGUUAAAUUGAAUUUCUUACCCGCUUCAACUUUUCGCCUCAGACAUCCUAUUAACUCCCUAUCACAAUGAAACAUGCAUUUCUUACCUUUACAAGGUGUAAAUCCCACAGUAAUUCAAGUUGGCUAUUUUCGAAGCCAUUGCAAACGGCCACCAUUUCAUAUUUUACCUUCUCAACACUGAAGAGUUCCGAUAUACUACUUCAUGACAAUUUGUACUAUGAUUGAAAAUACAGAACUUACUGGUUGACAAUUACUUUGUACAAAGCAUUUAAGCAUAAAAAUUAAAAGCAAUAAAAAGAAAACUGUGUAAUAUUUAAUCAAUCUAUUAGAAGGCGUCCUAAACUAUCGGAACUCUUCAGUGUUGAGAAGGUAAAAUAUGAAAUGGUGGCCGUUUGCAAUGGCUUCGAAAAUAGCCAACUUGAAUUACUGUGGGAUUUACACCUUGUAAAGGUCGUGAAGUCAGUAGUCUUUUCCCCAAGAAAAGAAAGGAACCACCCACUUCUGCAGAGGAUAGUAGUGCUUUUCAUGACCAUCCAUAUGUGUCCAUGAACAGCUCUUCUAUACAGAAACAAAACUUGAAAAAUGCAGAAGGCACUGAUGAUGAGGAGGAGGAGGAGGAGGAUAGUGAUGUUGAUGGUGAGGGUGAUGAUGAUAGAUCAAGUGAAGCUGGAAAGAAUGGGGCAAACUUUCAUGAACUACAAGGACGCCACAUUAUAGAGAUAAAUUUUUUAGCUAAGGAGCUAAUGAAAGGAUGCCAUUAUUGCUGUAAACCCUUGAAUCUGUCUGCUUGUAUAGGAGAUAGCAGAUAUGGACUAGGUAGUCUACUUCACAUUAAGUGUGAGAACUGCAAAAAGGUGAGCCUGGUUCCAACAGGGAAAAGACAUGGUCCAAAUGCUUGGGAUGUAAAUUCCAAGUUAGGUGCAGCAAUGCUUUUUUGUGGCAUUGGGGAAACUGCAAUAAAUGCUUUGCUUGCUGCACUUAAUUUACCAUCUGUUACCCCAACAACAUUAAAAAGGAGAGAAAGAGAGGCAGGGGUGGCUUUUGAGGCAGUUGCAGAUGCAACAUGCCAGAAUGCAAUAUUAAAUGAAAAGAACAGCUGUGAAGUAACAGAUAGUGAGGAGGCUGUUUCUUUUGAUGCUGGUUGGCAGACUCGAGGAAGUGGUAGAAACUAUGCCAGUCUUUCAGGUCAUGGAAGUAUGAUAGGCGUGAACACAGGCAAAGUGUUGGCAUAUUCCUUUCGCAGUAAGAAAUGUCGAUUUUGUGACAGAGCGAAAGAGGGUGAUGUAAAAGAACAUGACUGUAGAAAGAAUUGGGACAAGUCAUCAAAAGCUAUGGAAUCAGAUAUGGCAAUAGAGAUGCUGCAAGAUAUGAAAAACAAAGGAUUCCAUGUAAAGAAAUUAAUUAUGGAUAAUGAUUCAACCACAAUUUCAAGAGCAAAAAUAACAUUUGAUGAAGAUCUGGAGAAACAAUCUGAUUUCAACCACACCAAAAAGAAUUUUACCAACAAGUUAUUCGAAUUAAGAAAGGAAAAGAAAUAUGCUGCAUUGGGGCCCAAAACAAUUAAACACCUGACGAAAUGUUUUGCAUAUGCUGUCAAAAGUGCAACAGACAAAGCUUCAUUAACAACAAAUCUCAGCGCUAUACCUUUACAUGUUUUUGGAAAUCAUUCCCAAUGUGGAGACUGGUGUGGGUCUUUAAAACAAUCAGAAUCAUACAAACCCAGAAACCUACCCUACGGGAAGUAUUUGACAGGGGAGGGUUUUCUUCAUGAUCUUCAGAAAGUUUUUCAGACAUUUUCUAAUAAUGUUGAUAAACUUUUGAAGAUUGGCAGCACUCAAGCAAAUGGGAGCUUUAAUCACAUGGUAGCCUGCAAAAAUCCCAAAUCUCGGUUUUAUGCUGGAUCAGAAUCUACUGCAUUUAGAGUGGCAGUUGCUGUAGCCCAGAAAAAUAUUGGUCAGGAGACUCUGUCUAAGGUUUAUGACAACUUAUUGCUGUCACCUGGAAAGAACACCAUAAAAUAUAACACGAAAGUAGAAAAAAAAUGAGAAUACAACAAAGCCAGUAAAGAAACCACUACAUAUAAGAAACGUCGACAGGAACUGAAAUCUACAAUGACAAAAGAUGUGUCGACUGCAGAAAUUAAGGAAGGUGCUACCUAUCAGUCUGGUGUUGAUUUAAUCGACAACAACCAAAGCACGGAGGAGAUUCCAGAUGUGAUGAUACCUCCAAUACCCAGAGUGGUAAAUAACAAUGACCAAAAAAACACCUUUCUUUAUUUUGACUUGGAAACAACUGGCUUGGGUACAUCAUGUCAAAUUAUUCAGAUGGCAUGUAUGGUUGGAGAGGAAACAUUUAAUAGGUGUAUACGAAUUUUUUACAAAUAAAGGUAAAGAAAAUAAAGUAAGUAUGAGCACAUCUCUUAAACAGGAACAAGGUAAAUAGAUUUGUGUAUUGUAUAUAUUUAUGUGGAGUCUCUGAUUAUUUUAUUACUAAAAGUCUUUCUGUAUAAUUAUAUUUUCUGUGUUAAUGAAUGUCCUUUGUUUUUGUGACAGUGUGUUAAUUGUUUGUCUUGUUUGUGCUGGGUUUAUGUAUGUCCUGCUUUUGUUCAUUGCUUUUAAUGGGUUUUUUAAAAUUUCUGUGACACUUGUACAUAUAUUGUUUAUACUAUAGCUUAUAGUUUUAGUUACUGCUUCUCUCUUCAAUACAAGUAUUGAGUGUUUUAUAGAUUCAAGUACUCUAGUUUCUGCUUUCAUAUCCAUAUUGUUUUGAAAAAUGAGUCUCAAAUUACUUCAAUUUUGAUUUAUAACUGUAAACAAUGAUUUAAUAUCUAGAUUUCAUUACUUAGAGAUUUAUUCUUCUAAAUUGAAUGCAUGCUAUUUCGGUUCAGUCAAAAUUAUGAAAGAUAACUCUUGCAAUAAGACUUUUAUUCCAGGAUUUUUGAAAAAUAUCAUUAAAAAUUUGGAUUUUUCAAUUUCAUUCAAUUUCUUUUCAUUAUGCAUCUAUCUAAUGUCUGUACUUUUUAUUUGUAGAUUUUUGUGGGGAUUCAUCCAGUGAUUUUCAUAAUAAUUAUUUCUUUAUCUGAAUUGUACAUUUUUUUGCAGAUAAAAUAAAAUAUGAACUCAUUUUCAAA